GCUGACGACAGAAACCCUUGAUGAGGCUUGAUCUUUAUAUAUACCAGCUAAGACUUGAAGAAAUUAUUGACAGUGGGUAUACGAUACUUCUAGCUAUACUUUUCCCCCUUUUUCGAGUUUCUAAUUAUCGUAACAGAAAGCAAGAUAAAAGAUUUUUGGUACUUUACUUAUUAUAGAAAUAGAAAUGGAAGCAAGUAAUGAUAAAGAAGAAGAAGAGAGCUCAAACCCUGAUGAGGAUUUUGAAGUUGUUCUUCCCAAUGAGGCAUCAAAAUCGCUAAUGAUAUCAGAUUCAGGAAGAUCAUCACAAGCGUUAAGUCCCAUCAGGAAACCAACAGUGGGUGCUGCUUGUGGUCAGUUUUUGAAUGAUAAGAAGACAGCAGAGUCUUAUCACCAGGAGAGGGACCUAGAUGUUCAAGGAUGCAAAGAUGAGCAAGAUUUGCAAAUACAUUCUGCAGCAGUUGUUAAAAGUUCAGAAGUAGAAUUUCCAGUACAGUUUCGUGAACUACAGUCUAACACAGAUUUAAAGAGGCCACCGUCUAACUGGCUGCAAGAUCACUCCUCCAUCAGAUUGCCCAAUCCAACAUUGAAACAUGCAGAUUUCUCCAGCUUCCUUAUGGCUCACCAGUUUCCAGAUUGCAUAGGAGAAGUGGAUGUUGUGUCAGAUGCUGAAAAUAUCAAGAAAUUACUCAAGAUUCCAUAUAAUCCCAAAGCUCAUGUCAGUAUGAUGAUUCAUCGUGUUGGGAAAACACUGCUAAUUGAUGAAUUUGACAUAUAUAAAUACUUGUUACGACAGUCCAAGAAGGAAUGGCACUGGCUCCGAAAAUUCUUCUUUGAACAUGUCCUGCAGUCAUUGACACAAAUGGAGAAUGUUUUAGUUCGACCCAACAAGAGUCGAAAUGUUGUUCAGAGCAGGAGUUUGCUUUCCAAGUUUUUAUAUCACAGCAUCAAUGAGGAGGAAAAACGGCCACCUAGUCCCCCAACACAGCCUGACAGAAGUCCAAUAUCCGUUCGGAGGCCAUCAGUUGUCAUGAGUGAAGUCAUGCCAGAACCCAGUUUAGAAGAACAGCUACCGCAGUCCUCUGGUGAAUCUUUCACUCGAAAUGUUGUGUGGAACUUCGAAGACUUGCACAUGCUAAUUGGGACUGAUUUGCCAAUAUUUGGUGGUGGGAAGCAUCCAUGUGUAUCCUUGAGGUUACGAGAUAUGAGUAGGCCAAUAAAUAUCUUAACAGGUAUUGAUUACUGGUUAGAUAACUUGAUGUGCAAUGUCCCAGAAGUUGUCAUGUGCUACCACCUAGAUGGUAUUGUUCAAAAGUAUGAAUUGAUAAAAACUGAAGAUUUACCUCACAUGCCAGAUUCCCAAUUCUCUCCUCGUCUGGUACGAGAUGUUGCUCAGAACAUUUUAUCCUUCUUGAAUAGCAAAGCCACAAAAGAAGGUCACACCUAUUGGCUCUUUAAGGGAAAGGAUGAUGACAUUGUCAAGCUAUAUGACUUAACUUCACUCAGUGUUGAGGGUAGAAUUUGUGUUGAUGGGAAUGAGGAAGAGGCUCAGACUGAAGACUCUGGCAAUCCCUUCACUGUGCCUGUAGCUAUGCUCUUCUACCGUGUGGCAAAAAACAUGAGGUCAUCAGAAGACUACCACACCAAGAUAGCCACAAUUAGAGCAUUACUGAAAAAUUCACUCACUUUAUUAGAUAAUAAAGAAUAUCCCAAGAUCGUGUCAUCAGCACACUACAUGUUAUCAGAUUUAUAUGUCCCUCAAGACAUUGAUCCAGAUUCUCCAGUUUUGUCAGACUGUAGUGAUGAAGAUAGCGAAUGGCUAUCAGGUGGAGGAAGUGAUGAAGAAGCUGAUUGCUCAAGUGAUGAAGAGCACUCGUGUAGUUGUGAUUCUCAGUCAGUUACACCUUCUAAUCCAAGUUCUACAAUUAAAGUUUCUUCUCUGUGCCUUCCACAUGCAACAAAAACGCAGUCUCAUUACUACAAAGCACCACCAAUCUUGGGAUCAUUAGAAGAACGAUGUCACAAUGCUUUAAACCAUGUCGUAGAAGCCAUACAGUGCCUCUGUAAUUCAAGACGCAAUGAGCAAGAGCAUAGCAGCUCACCGGGAGAGAAGGACUCUCCAAGGUGUCCUCCAAGGAGUCAAGAACAAGAAGAACCAAAAAUGGCCCGCCCAUUCCAACCAAUCCCAAUGCCAUAUUCGCCACUGAACAGCAAAGAUAAUAGUGCUUUAGUCAUUGCUAAGGAAAAAAAGAUAGAGACACAGCUAACAGUAUCUGUCUUGAGUCAUCAGUACACAGUAGCCAGUUGGUGGGAUAAACUUAGUGUGCUGCUCUUAAGAAAGGCAGCUUUGGUUUAUUUGGUAUUAGCCCGAUCAUCAUUUAAUGCUCAAAGAUAUGGCCAGGCAUUACGCUACACCAAGUUUUCAUUCCACGCUUGGCACUGUAUGGCUAGCCGUCUCUGCGGGGAUAUAGAAAUUCCUGUGCCAAAUCAAGCCUUAGCUUUAGCUGGAGACACUUAUUAUAUGCUUUCCAAAUCUUGGGAUGAAGUGGCCAGCCACAUUGAAGAUUUCAAUAACGUAACUAAUGUGCAUCAGGAUAUGCUUGGAUUGUUCGAGUGCCUGGAACCUUCUGAAGAAAAUCACAAAAGGUUGAAGUUUGCAUGUGAUGUAGAGGAAGCACUGGUCCUGAGUCUGCAGCAUUUUGAGAGAGCACUUUCAUCAUCUGACAAACAAACAUUUUUCCAUCUUCUGAGAAGACUUGGCAAUGUCUGUAAUGAAUUAGGAGUUAUGUAUAUGAAUCAGUCAGCUAAACUCUGUGAAGAAGAAAACGUAGGAUUUGAAGCAUCAAAGGAGUUAUGGAGCAAGUCUGCAGAACUCCUGAAUCGUGGAAUUGAAGCCUUCACUCAAGUUGGGGACAUACCAAAUGUUGCCCUUUUGCACUCUAACACAGGGCGGCUAAUGAGAUUAUGCGCCUUCUAUUGUGUUCCUGGAGGUGGACAGCGAGUCUUUUCAGUGACUGAGAGACAUUACUAUAACCAGGCAAUUAAUGAAUAUCAGAAGGCAUUGGAUAUAUUAAAGCAAAGGAAGAAGAGUGUUGAGAUUUGGGAUUUGGUCGUUUGGGAAUUCUGUACUACAUUAUAUACCUUUGCCUCUUUGAUGCAAGAUCAUCCACCGUAUUCUUUUAUGGCUGGUGACGACCUUGCCCGGGAGAUUGUGGAUCUAUUAUCAAAGGCCCUCAAAUAUUGUGAUGUCAAGUCUCCUGGAGCACGGCAACCAUUAUAUCAAUAUAGAGCAGCUGUCAUUUACAUGAGAUUAGCAGGCAUCUAUCAUAGUGCUGUCAGAGCUGGAGAAUCAGACACAAAGAACAUGCGCCAUCUGGCAGAACGCAAUUACAGCAAAGCGGCAGCUCUGUUCAUGCAAUUAGAAAAUCCUGUGGACAUCUUAAAAGUACAACUUGACCGGGCUGUUCUCAUAGAAGACCAGAUACAAGGAACAGCAAAUCAGCAGCUUUUGAUUAAAUAUAAUAUUUCUGUACUUCAAUUGCUGGUUGAGGGGAAACAAGCUUUGAAGAUGUGUCAUUUCAUGGCUAAACCUAAAGUUAAUAAAGGAGGUUGUCUUAGCAAGCAGCAGCUUGAAGAUACUGGUAGUGAUGGAAGGCCAGAAAAGGAUAACACCACUGUUAAGGAGGAUGAGUUGGGAGAGAACAGUGAGGAAGAAGUCACUAUUCUGACUGAAAAUAUGCCCAAUGAAGAAGAAGAAAACCAGGAGAAGAUCAGGGCUCUGCUCUUGGUCUUUGAGAAGAAGCUUCAUAGUUCAUUGAUGUCGCUUGUUAAGAUUGCAGCUGGAACCUCAAAGGCACCUAAGAAAAGUAACAUAUGUAUUGAUGCAGCAACACUGAAGCAGAUGUAUAGUGCUAGCCUCAAUACUCAGUCUCUUCCACUGGCAGAUCAUUUGCUGAAUGCCAUAAACUUUAUUGCACCAAUUCUUCAUCAGGCUACAAUGCACAGAUGAUGUGGAGUUUCUUCUGAAUAAGUUGUGGGCUUGGCUAGCAAGGUGUAUCUUGACAAAGCAGUGCUAUUUUUUACAGUUAUAAAAAUAUUUUAACGAGACUUACAGAGUUGAAACUGUAUUUCGUUUAAUUAUUGUGAUAUAUUGUUGUGUGACUCAAAACCUGUAACUGUUAAGGUUACAGUACUUACGAGUCGAGUGAUAUUAGGAUUAAGCCUUUUAAUGCCAAAUGAAAGAUUUUUGACAAUUAUUUAUAUUUUUUAGUUUGUUGUGUUUUUUCCUCUGGUGCUCAAUUAGUUUCCCUCCAUAGAAUAUAUACUAUUAAAAAGUACAGUAAUGUAAGUUUGCUGUACUUGCUGACAUCGGUAGUUUUUACUGCUGUAUCAAAAGAAUCAAAUUUGAUGCCUAUAUUUUAGCAGUUUUGACACUGCCAUUGGGUUACAUUUACAUCAGUACUUUUGGUACCUAUAUCACUUUCUGAUGUUUACCUAAUGAAAAUAUUUCAGUUGUUAGUAUUAAGGCUGUGAAUUUCAUUGUCAGAGACAGUGUAGCUACAGAGCAGAUGAUUUGGGAUCUUGUAUUUUAUGAAUAUUUGACAAAGUUACUUUUUCAGACUAAGAAUCAUCAUACAAGUACAAUAUUGGGAAGUAGAUGCAUCUGAUAAUGUAACUAAGAAUGUUUUUGGGCAUGCUGUACUUAAGGGGUACCCACAGUUGUAAGAAAAACUAUUUGAUAUACUACUGUAAUUUGUGCAUGUGCUGUGUUCAGUGUAGAAUAGGGUCAAGAGACCUCCCCUUCAUUGUACAUUAAAAAUGAAAAAUUGUUUUCUAUAGUAAUUUUCAAUAUUGUCCUGCUUGCUCCGAUUUCAGGCUCUCAACCAGUUAAACUUUGGUGAGAACUACUCACAGAUUGUUUUCAUAGCAUUUCAGAAUAUUUCUGUUUGUCUUUCCAGAGUUGUUUUGAAUGAUUUAAAGUAUAAUGGUACAAAAAACUAUAUUGUAUUUAUGUCUGGAGAAGUAAAUAUGGAUUUUCCUCAAGUAUAGGUAAUCAUAUAACUAAAGAAUAUUGGGUAAUUGAAAAGCACCUUAGGUAUCAAGAAUUAUGAGAGAGUAAUUAGCCAAAGUAAUAUACAAUAAUUGUUGGACAAUCAGAUGUACCUUAAGAAAAAUGAUAUUGUAAUGAUACAAUUAAGUUUGUUCAUACUUACCUGGCAGAUAUAUAUAUAGCUGAUAAUUUCCGACACCGACAGAAUUUAAAACUUACGACACACGUAGUGGG